AUGAGUGGAGUGAGGCUAAAAUUUAGUCCCACAUUGGAAGUUGAGAAAAAGUUGCACCUCUUUAUAAGUCUGGGAGUCGCCGGGCCCAAGGUGGAGGUGCGGUUCGAGGAUCUCGCCGUGGAGGCACACGUCCGCAUCGGCCGCCGGGAGCUGCCGACGCUGCUCAACUGCGCCGUCAACGCCGCACAGGAUUUGGUGUCAUUUUUUCAUAUGUAUUCUAGAAGGAAAGGAGCAAUCAAAAUCAUAAAUGAAGCAUGCGGCAAAAUUCGACCAUCAAGGAUGACACUUCUUCUCGGUUCUGGGAAGACAACAUUUUUGAAGGCAUUGGCAGGAAAGUUGGAUUCAUCCCUAAAGCGCAAAGGAAAUAUCACAUACAAUGAAGAAGAAGUGAAUUGCUCAACACCUCAACACAUGCAUGCUUACAUUAGCCAGUAUGAUCUUCACCAUGCUGAGAUGACUGUCAGAGAGACAAUUGAUUUCUCAUCCAAUAUGUUGGGAACCAUUAACAAAUUUGUAAUCAAUACAAUUCCUGUAUUUGGAAUGUUAAACGUAGAGAUGAUGGGACAAUCAGUAAGAAGAAAGCAGGGUGAGCUCAAUGAAGUGGAACCAAAUCUUGACUCAUUUAUUAAGGCUACGACAUUUGGAGAAGGAACUAACCUUACAAUGAACUAUAUUAUCAAGAUACUUGGUUUGUCUGAGUGUGCUGAUAUCCUAGUGGGGGAUGAGAUGAGAAGAGGCAUAUCGGGAGGACAAAAGAAAAGGGCAACAAUUGGUUAG